AUGAUAUCAGCGAAAACUAUUAUCGAAGCGUAUGAAAGAAUUUCCAGUGCCAUUCAUAAAACACCUAUAAUCACGAGUAGAACGAUCAACAGAAUUGCUGGUUGCGAAGUUUUCUUUAAAUGCGAUCAUCUGCAGAAGACUGGCAGCUUCAAAGCACGCGGUGCUUAUAACUCUACCAAGCUUAUUAGCCAAGAUCCUAAUUGCAAAGGAGUAAUCACACACUCCUCCGGAAAUCAUGGGCAAGCAUUAGCUUGGGCAGCAGAACAGAUUGGCUUGAAGUGUGUUGUAGUUGUGCCUAAGAAUGCUCCGACAUCUAAAAUUGACGCUAUGGAAGAAUACAAUGCUGAAAUUCAUCGUUGCGAAAACUCUAUCAAAGCAAGAGAAGAAACAUGUGAACAUCUUUCGGAAGAACUAGGAUAUCCGAUAGUACCCCCAUAUGAUUCUAUUCAAACCAUUAAUGGCCAGGGAACCAUAGCUGUUGAAUUGAUUGAACAAAUUCCAGAUUUAGAUGCUGUAUUCCUUUCUAUAGGAGGAGGAGGCCUUGCCUCCGGCGUUGCAGCUUAUAUAGGAGAGCAUUUCCCAAAUAUCAGAGUUUUUCUCGUUGAACCUGCGGGUAAGGAACUAGGGAAAUAUCUCUUCACAGGUGUUUUUGAAAAUCAACAAGAAGCUCUGGAUACCGUGGCCGAUGGCAUACGAGUUCACAAAAUUGGAUCAAUCUGUUUUCCAAUUAUUCAGAAGUUUUGUAAGAGUAACAUUAUAACAGUGACGGAGGAAGAGAUAAGUGAAGCUGUUAAGCUUAUUUGGACACGAACAAAACAAAGAGUUGAGCCAACUGCCGGUGUUCCUCUAGCUGGCCUACUGAAAAGCAAUUUGAAAGAUCUUAAUGUGAAGAAAGCUGCUGUGAUUCUUUGUGGCGGUAACGUUGACAUCACCUACACUCCAUGA